AUGGCGAGUACUAUCACGAAGAUCGAAAUUUUCCGCGUGCCUCCUCGCUGGCUCUUCGUGCGAGUUGAGACCCAGGAUGGUACGGUUGGUUGGGGAGAAGGCACUCUCGAGGGACAUACAGAAGCAAUCGAGGGAGCAUACCAAGACAUCAUCCGGAGGUUCAUCGGAUGGGAUGCAGACAGAAUUCAAGACAUAUGGCAACAUUGCUAUCGGGCCAGGUUCUACAGAGGUGGGCCGGUGCUCAUGUCUGCAACAUCCGGGCUCGAUAUAGCACUAUGGGAUAUCAAGGGCAAGCGACUCGGGGUGCCGGUUUGGCAGUUACUCGGGGGCAAAGUGCGGGAUCGCCUUAAGGUCUACGGGUGGAUCGGAGGCGACAAGCCAAGUGCGGUCGUCGAAGGUGCGAAAGGCCGCAAAGAGCAAGGGUUCACCGCUGUCAAGAUGAACGGAACGGAGGCGAUUGGCUGGAUCGACUCACCGGAACAGCUACAAGAGACAGUCUCGCGAGUCAGGGAUGUCAGAGCCCUAGGGUUGGACGUUGGUGUGGAUUUCCACGGCCGUGUCCACAAGGGCAUGGCGAAACAGCUCGCUAGGCUCCUGGAACCUCUGCAGCCGCUCUUCAUUGAAGAGCCUCUUCUCGCGACACAGCCGUUGGAGAUCGCGGACCUCUCCAAGCAGCGUCUGUACUCCCGUAGCGAUUUCCGACCGUACCUCGAAGCCCGUGCGAUCGAUAUCGCGCAGCCAGACGUUGCGCACUGUGGCGGUAUCAGCGAAUUGCACCGGAUAGCGUCUCUGACUGAGACGUACGAUGUCGCCCUCGCGCCGCAUUGUCCGCUUGGCCCAAUCGCCCUCGCUGCAUGCAUACAGGUCGAUAUCGCUGCGCCCAACUGUACGUUUCGUAUAUGCAUACUAAGAGCACCUUUCGCUGACAUGCACUAUAACGAAGGUGCAGAUCUCCUCACCUACCUCGUCGACCCAUCCGUGUUCGCCAUCAAAGGUGGAUAUGUCGAAGCCCUCCAAGGACCAGGCUUGGGCAUUGAGAUCAACGAGAGCCUCGUGCGCGAAUACGCGGAACGGUACAGCGGUGAGAAACCAUGGAUCAACGCGGUUUGGACGGGAGAGGACGGAUCGCUUCGGGAAUGGUAG